AUGAGGGUGUGCCUCGCGGAGAGCGAAAGCGGGCGGACCACCACUAAAACGAACCUAAACAAGAACAAAUCCAAAGACUUCGGAAUCUUCCAAAUCAACAACAAGUACUGGUGCUCCCCGCCAGCUACUGGGGGAUGCAAGAUCCCCUGCCAAUCUCUGCUGAAUGACGACAUCUCGGAUGACGCCAAAUGCGCGAAGACCAUCUACAAAUCCAGCGGAUUCAAGGCCUGGUAUGGAUGGAGGGCUAAGUGCCAGGGAAAGAAUACAGCCGUCUACCUCCGGGGAUGCAAUCUCUAGAGACCUGUUUGAAGUGAUCCUUCAAUGAGAGUCGAGAAUAAAGAUGAUGUCGUCUGA